AUGACUGCACCGGAAACCACUACUACUACUACUAAGCCAAUCAAUCACCGUCGGUCAUGGACCGAAGCACCGCACGGCUCGGUCAUCACAUCCGGUGAUAUUUUUAUCUUCAUUCCCAAUCUGAUUGGCUACUCACGAGUGUUGUUCGCGCUCGCGUCCCUUUUUUUCAUGCAAUGGCACCCCAAGUACUGUACCGUUCUCUACUGUCUGUCGUGUCUGUUGGAUGCGCUGGACGGCGUUGCUGCUCGUCGUUACGGCCAAACCUCGCGCUUUGGUGCUGUUCUGGACAUGGUGACUGACCGCUGCACCACGUCUUGUUUGAUUUGCUAUCUCUGUGUGGCAUACCCGCGCUACGCUAUUGUUUUCCAAAUGCUCGUGUCACUGGAUCUGGCAUCUCACUAUAUGCACAUGUAUGCGAUGCUGACUUCAGGUUCGUCCUCGCACAAAAAGGUGGGGAAAGAGAGUUGGAUUUUGAACCUUUACUACACCAAUAAUAAGGUUCUCUUUACAUUUUGUGCAUUUAAUGAGCUCUUUUUCGUCGGUCUCUACUUGUUUUCUUUCCCGCUCAAGAGUCCACCUAACCUCGGAUAUAUUUACGGCGUGCCCUUGUCCUAUGCUACCAUUAUUUUGAUCAUUACUUUCCCUCUGUGGCUGGGUAAGCAGAUUAUCAAUGUUAUUCAGAUGUACCGUGCCGCUUUGAUGCUUGCAGAAACUGACGUUGAGGAGCGCCGCCUGGCUGCGGAGCAAGAAAGCGCAAAGGCUAAGUGA